AAAAGCUUCACUUAAACCAGACAGGGUAUCUCAAUUUGUUAAGAUUUGAUUUUUCUUCUUCAGAGUUCAAAAUGUCUGGUCGUGGAAAGGGCGGCAAGGGUUUGGGAAAGGGAGGCGCCAAGAGGCACAGGAAAGUCCUCCGCGAUAACAUCCAGGGUAUCACCAAGCCUGCCAUUAGGCGUUUGGCCAGGAGAGGGGGUGUAAAGCGCAUCAGCGGCUUGAUCUAUGAAGAAACCAGAGGAGUUUUGAAGAUCUUCUUGGAGAAUGUCAUAAGAGAUGCUGUUACUUACACUGAACACGCACGGCGUAAGACUGUAACGGCCAUGGAUGUGGUCUAUGCCCUCAAGAGGCAGGGCAGGACUCUUUACGGCUUCGGCGGUUAGAUCUGCUUUGGGAGCUGAAGGUAUUUUUGUAUUGGUUCUCUUCUUAAUUGGUGUUUUUGAACACCACUUUUUUUAUGGAAGUGUCUGUUGGCUUCUUUAAUGAUCUUGCUAGAGAUUUGGGACUCUGAUUUAAAUACAAAAUAAAUGAGCUGUUGUAUGUUGGCAA